UUCACUGCGUACUCCCUGACGUUUGCUAUCGUCUCGUGCUCCCUGUGUUUGUUGUUGUGCGAAAAGUCUCAGGAUAAUCCUCCCCGAGACAAUUCCCAUGAAAUCAGCAAAAAUCACGUGAAUUUUCACUCGUCCAGAGUCUCCUGUUGAUUGUUGUGAGCAUACCUUAAGAGUGAAAAUUUGGGAUAAAAUAUUUUGGAGUAAAUAUUGUCCAAAUGUUCGAUCAGUGGUAGUACAGAGCUACAUCAACAUCAACACUCACUCGCCUCUGAAUCUCGUCAUUGUUUGGUGGACUUUUUUAUUCAUUUUUUUUGUUACUCUAGAAGUGGAAAUAUGAGUGAUGAUGACAGGGACAUUGAUAUCGAGAGUGACGAAGGCGACGACUCCGAUUCGAGGCAGAGACAGUCGAACAAUCCCCAAUACUAUUCACAGGUAGCUGAAAAGAGGGCGCACCAUAACGCAUUAGAACGUAAACGAAGGGACCACAUCAAGGACAGUUUUUCGAGUUUACGCGAUACUGUACCAUCACUUCAAGGUGAAAAAGUUGCCAGUAGAGCGCAAAUACUGAAAAAAGCUGCUGAGUAUAUUCAGCAGAUGAGACGCAAGAAUUCCUCACAUCAACAGGACAUUGAGGAUCUCAAGAGACAGAACAAUCUGUUGGAAUCGCAGAUUCGAACCCUCGAGAAAGCAAAAAUAACGGGAAACUUUGCUGCCGAAUCGUGUGAAGUUGUGAAAGCAGAGUCCGUUGGAAUAGGUAACUACAACGAUUCUGAAUCAGAAUCAUCGGACAGUGAAACUGGCCGCGCUAUUCGUCAUCCGAAGAAACUUAAAAUAGCAAGUAUGCAUCAUUAAAAAUGAAAAAUCAUCAACAUCCCAUGAUUUUUCAAAGAAAAAAUGUGAAAAUAUGCAAUGAAUUAUGUGAAUUUGAGAGUAAUUAUAAUAUCUCGAUCUAACGUUAUUUUCAUAACUUGUUUCUGUAAAGAAAACUUUUGAAAUUCAUAAUCUAAAACCAUGUAAUGUAGAUAAUAAUUUAAGUGGAGAAAUUAAAUGGAAUCAAUGUUUGGUUAGUUGUA